GCAGCAGCACACACUACAGCAGCAGCAGCAGCAGCAGCACUUGGGAUAGGAAUAUAUAUAUAUAGCACCCUUUGAUUGACAUCGAUCGUCGAUCGAUCAUGGCCCCAGCAUCAGCUGCAACAAAAUGCAGCAGCAGCUGCAGCGCCAGCGGCCUCGCUCUGCUGUUGCUCCUCGUGCUAAUGGCGGCCGGCACCUCGUCGGCGCAGCUGUCCACCAGCUUCUACUCCUCCUCGUGCCCCGGCGUGUACGACUCCGUCAAGUCGGCGAUACAAUCCGCCAUCGCCACCGAGCAGCGCAUGGGCGCCUCCAUCGUCCGCCUCUUCUUCCACGACUGCUUCGUCCAAGGCUGCGACGCGUCGCUGCUGUUGGACGACACGGCCAGCUUUCAGGGCGAGAAGAUGGCGACGCCCAACAACGGCUCCGUGCGAGGCUUCGAGGUCAUCGAUGCCGUCAAGUCCGCCGUCGAGAAGGUGUGCCCCGGCGUCGUCUCCUGUGCUGACAUCCUCGCCAUCGCUGCUAGGGACAGCGUCGUCAUACUGGGUGGUCCAAGCUGGGACGUCAAGGUCGGGCGGCGCGACUCCACGACGGCGAGCUUCAGCGGCGCCAACAACAACAUCCCGCCGCCGACGUCGGGCCUCGCCAACCUCACCUCGCUCUUCGCCGCGCAGGGCCUCUCUCAAAAGGACAUGGUCGCGCUCUCUGGAGCUCACACCAUUGGCCAAGCACGUUGCACCAACUUCAGAGCUCACGUAUACAAUGACACUAACAUCGAUGGCACCUUCGCAAGAACAAGGCAAUCAGGCUGCCCUAGAACCUCAGGUUCAGGUGACAACAAUUUGGCGCCUCUGGACCUUCAAACCCCAACCGUCUUUGAGAACAACUACUACAAGAACCUUGUUUGCAAGAAGGGGCUUCUACACUCCGACCAGGAGCUCUUCAAUGGCGGAGCCACCGAUGCGCAAGUUCAAUCAUACAUUAGUAGCCAGAGCACAUUCUUCUCGGAUUUUGUGACAGGCAUGAUAAAGAUGGGUGACAUCACACCGUUGACCGGCUCCAAUGGACAGAUCAGGAAGAACUGCAGAAUGAUUAACUAAUAAGAGGCGGUGCAUACUAUCUAAGAAGGGUUUUAGUGUCAUGUCUUUAAGUUUGUAAUGUGUCUACUUUCACAAAAUUGUGAGAUCAUCAUGUUGUACCAAGGUGUCGAUUGAGAUGUUGUUAUGUUAAUAAGUAAUCCAUCAUUUGUUCUUUAGACAACCUUUUUCUUGA